GUACGUGUUAAAGAAACCUUAUAAUGCGUUAUGGAGAUGUAUCAAUAGCACUUUGUUGAAUACCGUACAACGUUACGGGAAAGCCUGCGGCUUGUCAAUAAGCGUAUGUUCAAUGUUUAGAAAAGGGUUCCUUUUAAUACCCUAUUUGGGGACUGUUGAUUCUGUAGGAGAAACCUUUCCCAAACAGUCAAAGAAACUUGACCUAGCAUCUUUUCAUGCGGACGUCUUGUGUUCCCAUUCAGGGGCCUAA